AUGAAGCUCGACCCAACUAAGUGUUCAUUCGGGGUCAUUUCUAGCAAGUUCCUCGGGUACAUUAUAAUCCACCAGGGCAUUGAAGCAAAACCAGAGAAAAUCAGGGCCAUUCAUUCGAUCCCUUCCCCAAAGAACGUCAAGGAGGUCCAAAAGCUAAUAGGAAGAAUGGCAGCCCUGAGCAGGUUCAUCUCCAGGCUCUCCGACAAAUCUCACGCCUUCUUUGGAACCCUUAAAAACCCAAAGGAUUUUCAAUGGACGGAAGAGUGUGAGUCCGCUCUCCAUGAACUUAAGGCAUAUCUCACCACUCCUCCUCUCCUAUCCAAGCCACUGCUCGAGAAGCUGGCCUUAGCCCUAAUAGUCGCCGCCCGCAAGCUGCGGCCCUACUUUCAGGCUCACCCAAUCGAGGUCGUCACCUCCUUCCCCAUAAAAUUGGUCCUCCACAAGCCCGAAGUCUCUGGACGCCUAGCACAAUGGGCUGUGGAACUAGGAGAAUACGAUGUGAUUUUUCAACCAGUCACAGCUAUAAAGUCACAGGUCCUGGCAGACUUUGUGGCCGAAUUCUCCCCUACCUUGCUCCCAGCUCUGGAGCAAGAAGUACGCCUCCGAAGCGAAACAAGGGAAGAGGGAGAAUGGGUCCUGCAUUUCGAUGGAUCCAACAACAUCAGAGGAGCUGGGGUAGGAAUAGUGCUUACCUCGCUGACAGAGAAGAUGGCCUCAAGGGCCAUGAGGUGCAACUUCAAAGUAACCAACAACGAAAGCGAGUACGAGGCCCUAAUCGCCGGGCUAACACUCGCCCAUCAAAUGGAGGCAGAAAACAUCCAGGUCUUUGGUGACUCCCAGCUGAUAAUCAACCAAGUGCAGGGAGAGUACCAAGCAAAGGAAGAUAGCAUGAUCCAGUAUCUGGCGGUCGCCCAACGACUCAUCAAGAAAUUCAAGAGUUGCAAGCUCACUCAAAUACCCAGGGAGCAGAACUCGCAAGCCCAUGCCCUGGUUAAUCUAGGGUCCACGCUCGAAACUAACAGCCAGAUGAGCAUCCCAUUGCCCGUGCUUCAAUGGCCAGCCACCCUGGAGGAACCCCUAUCCGAAGAAGUCUCCGCUAUCGAAGAGAGAGAAACCUGGAUGGGCUCCCUAGAUGACCUUAUAGGGUCCUUCCCAUCCUAG